UCACUUCGAGCUUCCUUUUCUGUCGUUCGUUUAUGGAUAUCUAUACGGGCGGUCAUCGUUGAAGAUUUCUGUAGAAAUUAUUAAAUGAAGGUGCUAUAGGCGUUUAUUUUAUGAAAAAGCUGUAGGUUAUAUAUUAUUAAAUAAUGAUCUUACUCGAGAUCAAUAAUAGAAUUAUAGAAGAAACUCUCACUGUAAAAUAUAAAAAUGCAUUGGCCAGUUUAAAGCCAGAAUCUAUUGAUGUGACGGUUGCAGAUUUUGAUGGAGUUCUCUUUCAUAUAUCUAAUAUCAAUGGAGAUAAAACCAAAGUUAGGGUUAGUAUAUCACUCAAGUUCUACAAGCAGUUAGAAGAACAUGGUGCAGAUGAAUUGCUUAAGAGAGUUUAUGGACCACUCCUUAUAGAACCAGAAUCAGGUUACAAUGUAUCAGUGUUACUCGAUCUGGAGAACAUCCCGGACGACUGGGAGGACGUCGUGAAGAAGGUGGGCCUCCUGAAGAGGAACUGCUUCGCGUCAGUAUUCGAAUGCUACUUCCGGCUGCAGGAGGAUGGCGAUGUUAGCAAAAAGCGGGCCGUUAUCAAUUACAGACAAGAUGAGACAUUGUAUGUUGAGGCGCAACAAGAUCGUGUGACAGUGGUUUUUUCAACUGUAUUCCGGCACGAGGAUGACAUGGUUAUCGGCAAGGUGUUCAUGCAAGAACUGAAAGAGGGAAGAAGAGCGUCACAUACUGCCCCACAAGUUUUAUUUUCACACAGGGAGCCGCCAUUAGAACUCAUGGAUACUGAUGCAAAAGUAGGGGAAAAUAUCAGUUAUGUUACAUUUGUGCUGUUCCCGCGGCACACGUGCUCGGAGGCGCGCGACAACACGAUUGACCUGCUACACAUGUUCCGCGACUACCUGCACUACCACAUCAAGUGCUCCAAGGUGUACGUGCACUCGCGCAUGCGCGCCAAGGCAGGCGACCUGCUCAAGGUGCUCAACCGCGCUCGCCCGCAGAACACCACCCGCCCCGCCGAACGGAAGACGAUCACGGGCAGAACAUUUGUAAGGCGAGAUUGAGUGUUGCGAGCCGGCGGGACGUAGGCGCCGACCACAGCAUAGCUGUCCUCUUGUUUAGAGUACGACCUGUAACGACGCCACUCCGGUAACAUCUCAACACUAUACUUCCAACGCUCGCCACCAUCACGCCGGCGUCGCCGGGUGAUCACUGUCAGGAAGUGCAAUAAACAUCAAGUCAUACAAUCCACCUUGUAAAGCGAACAAUUUUCAUAUAACUAACUUGAGGAAACUAAUGAUAUUAUUAGAGUGGUCUCGUUAUUCGACGAGGCAACCACAAUGUGCGUAUUUCUUAUUUCUAACCAUAAACAUAACGUUACUGUAAGUUUCCGAGUUUCACUAAACGUCACAAAGUACUUAUAUUUCCAACAGUGAAUGAUUUAACUGCUGUUCGAGGCCAAUAUGAAUGGAUUGCCAAAUAUUUCAAAUACAUGCUCAAUCGUACUGCCCAUGGACAAUUUUGUGAUUGAGUUAUGAAAUGUGCACAUUGUAUUAAUAUUAUUUAUUGUCAACUCUUCGAGCAUAGCGUAAAGUCUAAAUAAUGUUGUCGUAGAACUUGUUGAUAACAAAAUUAUGCUUUAAUAUAAUGAGAGUUCUAUAUAUAGCACUGCGACGAUAUUAAACUUGGGUUCCUAUCUAUAGCGUACACCUGGACAUAUAGAAAAGUUGUUCGUUUGAACACAGUGCGAGUUGAGAGCGAACCUUUCACCUAGCUUACGUAAUUAUGUUGUUGUAAGUAAUGCAAUUACCAAUCCUCAAGUAGGAUAUAAUGUAUUAUAUAAAAUGUAGCCUAUACUUGUUUCGGUUUACAAACUUGUAAAAAUGUAUAUCUCUGGAAGGUCACGAUGACAGGUAUAAUGCACAAACAUGUAUUAAUUAUUUAAACACUGUCCCAUUUAGUUUAAUAAUGUUAUGUCAUAUGUGAACAAUAUUUUUUAAUGAAACAUACACUUUUACGUUUUAGGUAGGUCUGAUUCAAUUAAAUAUAAUAUGUAAGUGAAAAUGUAUAGUAUUUCUCAAUAGAUUCUUCCACAAACAAGAACGCGAUGAAUAAAUUACAAUGGCCUUAUUUGUGAUCGUCGUUGAUUUUUGUGCGAAGCGCUGUCGCCGCCGCCGCCGCCGGCGCCAGUUCUAUAGAAUCGCUAGUUUAGAUCACGGUCUUAUUAAGUGCAAUUCAAAUACACACUAUUUUGAAUUCCAUUGUGCAUUUACUUUUUGACACAAUAUAUACGAAUAAGCUCCUAAUUUUAGCAAAAAAAUCAUUUUAUUAUAUCAUACUAUGUUUUAAAAUGUUAUAUAUAUUUAAGUGUUUUAUUGGAUGAAAAUAAAAUAAUACAAAUAUUUUUACUUUAUCAACACAUCGCACCAAAAAGAAUUGCUCAAACUAUAUUGAAACACCAAGGAGCCAUAAAAAGUUUUUAAAUGAAAUAAUUGUCAUAUGGAAGCAAUAGGUAACGCUAUGAAUCCAGUACAUGUAUUAGAAAGAGUUAAAAUACUUGUAAGGUUGCGAGGAACUAGCGCGUAAGGUAAUUUCUGAGUUGGGCUGAGAUUGUGGCGUAAUAUAAAUUGAGUCAUGGACUGAGUUGUUUAGGCUACCAAAACUGUCUGGAAGUUAUUGGAGUUAUAUAAAAUAUUAAUGUAAUUUGCUAAGUCAUAAAAUAAAUAAUGAGACGGAAUAACAUGACACAAAACACAUCAUACAUAAGUGUAUGAGUAAGUAUGGAACUAAUAUGAGCAUGUAGAAACAAUUUAACUAUUUAAUAAAAUUUUUGUAGCUAACUUGAAUUUUAUGUAAUUUUUAUUUGCAAGAUGUAUUAUUUAUGUAUAAUAAAAUGUAAGUUAAAUGUUGCUUUAAAGUUAUUGCUACAAUUUGAUAAUUGUUUUUUUACUGUCAGUUUUAUGCGAGAAUAUGUAAACUGAGAGCAAAAUAAGGAAGUUAUUUGUGAAUAUGUAAUUAUUCUUAUGAUUUAAAAUCCGUUUAUACCUUCUGUAUUUUUAUUUUCUAGAUUAAAGAAAACAUCUUACUG